AUGGACGACGGGCUGAUUUUGAACAUAACUUAUGAUGAGCCUGCGAGACCAAGGGCAGCCGUUGGGAGUAGAAGGAAAAGUAGGAAGGCGGAAAGAGAACCAGCCAGAAACCGAGUUACUCAACCAGUGGAACGGAUCAUUCGUCCUCAGGCGACAAAAAGCAGUGGGCAUGGGGUAGUUCGACCUACCAAGCGCUCCAGACUGGAUACCCUUAAUGGCGACAAUCCCAAGCAUACCCCCUUCCAACCUGAAUCAUCUGGCCCCGCUCGAUCUAAUCAGUUCAUCUCGUCACUCUUCACAUACAACCCCGAGAUCGUAGUUCCUGAGUCUACAAACGACACUGCUCCCAAGGGGCCAAGUAAUGCGCCUCUUAAAGACAAAUUUACAUUCAGCGAGCUGGAAUUAAAUCCAUUAAUUAUUGCUCACCUCAAGAAGAGGAUGUCUAUCAAUGCACCUACGUCUAUACAACGUGCAUCUUUGGCGAAUAUGCUUGGAAAUCAUAAUAGUACUCGAGAUGUUUUCAUACAGGCUCAAACUGGGUCAGGAAAAACUCUUGCGUAUUUGCUUCCUAUCAUCCACAGUCUUCUCCCCCUCAGUAGUCUUUCUUACAUCGACCGAUCGAUCGGGACACUGGCUAUAAUCAUAGCACCCACCAGGGAACUUGCGAACCAAAUAUCUGAUGUGCUUGAGGUGCUUCUCCAGUUACGUCUUCGCCCUGAAGUAGAGGAUACUCAGCCUGAGGAGCCGAAGCGUCUCGCGAGAUGGCUCGUUUCCGGUGUUCUCACUGGGGGCUCCACUCGGACUCAUGAAAAAGCACGUCUACGAAAAGGCGUUCCCAUCCUAGUGGGAACACCCGGACGACUGUUGGAUCACCUACAAAACACAGAAUCCUUUAACGUUGGGAAGUGUCAAUGGCUCGUCCUCGAUGAAGCUGAUCGAUUGAUGGAGUUAGGGUUUGAAGAGACUGUCAAGGGCAUCAUUCGUGCUUUGGACGGGAGACGGAACUUGGCUAUGGAAGCAGCUGCCAAGGGUGAUUACACUCAGAAUUUUGGGGGUUGGGAUUGGUCCAGGAGGCGAAGAACAAUUUUGUGUUCUGCGACCAUCAGAGAUCAUGUCCAGCAACUAGCAGGCCAUGCGCUAUCUGAUCCUGUCAUGAUCAAAGGGGAUGAACUGGAAGCCGCAAGCACUGAUGCUGUCAUUAAGCCCUCAACGGAUGCGAAGUCAUCAGAAACCGUCGCCAAGUUCACGCCCCCAUCUCAGCUUGCUCAAAAAUACGUCACGAUACCCUUGAAACUCCGACUUGUCUCAUUGAUUGCCCUCAUCCGUGCUCUCAUCGGCAAUACUUCAACCAACGCUCCAAGCAGCACCCGUAUCAUCGUCUUCUUGAGUUGCACAGACUCGGUUGAUUUCCAUUGGCGGCUCCUAGAUUAUGCGGACAAGAAAAUUUCCAGACCACACGAAUCCGUCGAUUCAAUGCCCAUCUCCGUGAAAUGUGCACUACUACCGAGCACCUCCAUAUUCCGACUCCAUGGUAAUCUUCCCCUCUCUACCCGUCUCAACACGGUGAAAGCUUUCUCGGCACGCUUGAAUAACUCCAUUCAAAAACAAGAGACAGACGUUUCCGUGCCAUCAGAAUCUGCCGUGCUCCUUUGCACUUCCGUCGCUUCUCGUGGUCUCGAUAUGCCUCUCGUUCGAGCCGUCAUUCAAUACGACUUACCGACAGAAAACGGAGCGGACGAAUACGUGCACCGUGUAGGACGCACAGCACGAGCUGGUAGAGGAGGCGAAGCAUGGUCCUUCGUUACUCCGAGUGAGACGGAAUGGGUUCCUUGGAUUGAAAAAAGCAUGUCAGAUGAUGAAACGAAGGCGGUGAAGCUUGAGGCUAUUGCAGUUGAGGAGGUGCUUCGACGAGGUUUUGGGGGGAAGAGAAGCGAGUAUGAAGCUCGUGCUACCCAAGUCCAACUCGCUUCAGAACAAUGGGUUCUUGUUUCCGCAGAGAACUCGAACUGGGCCCGAAGAGCUUAUCAAUCUCACAUGAGGGCAUACGCAACUCACCCUUCGAGCGAAAAGCAUAUCUUCCAUGUAAAAAAUUUGCAUUUGGGACAUCUAGCCAAGGCGUUUGCUCUUCGUGACGCCCCUAAUCAGGUCACACUUGCUACUUCAAUGAAUCCCAAAAAAAAGAUCGGUGGAAGCGAUGCCCACGGAUCCAGAAACAGUGGAUUACAGAGAGGGAAGAAGAGGAAGGCUGGAGAGAGCGAUGAUGAGGAUUCUACGCUAACCGCUGUGAGGAUGAAGGAAGCUAUUCGGAGGCAAGGGAGGUUAACGAAGAAGGGAGGAAUGUUAGUACCUACUGGGACGGAUGAGUUCCAACUUGCGAGCGGUUCCACCCUUGAAAAACUUGUGAACAGACGAGUAUAA